CAUAUAUAUGUGAAUCAGACUGGCGUCUCUGGCCGUCUCUAUCUCUCUCUCCCUGAAAUUAAAUCGGAGAAUUUCGACAUUCGAAACCAUCUUUUUGUUUGAUUCAACUAGUUGCAGAAGUAACCAUAUUCUACAUCUCAAGGUUCACAGAGAAGCCAUUUUAAGGCCUGCAUCUGGAUGAAAUGGCAGCUGCAUCUGUUCCACAUAUAGUACUGUAGAAGUGGCGUGGUCGAUUAACUUAAAGCUAUGCUUUUGGAUGGGAAAAGAUCUGUCCUGAAAACGCACUAUGACAUUCUAUCAGUGAAGGAGGAUGCAGAUUAUGAAGAGAUUCACGCGAACUACAAGAGAGCUGCCCUUAAAUCCCAUCCUGAUAAAAUGCGAGCAACAACCGAGGCCUCAGAUAUUCAACAUGAAUCACCAGAAACGUUUCUAAUGGUGCAAAAAGCCUGGGAAAUCUUGAGUGACUCAAAGACCCGUGGAAUUUACGAUCGUCAGUUGAGGGAUUCAAGACUAGAUACAGAAACUGCUGAAGAUGUUAGUUUAGAGGAGAUGAUGGUAGAAGAAGUUGGUGAGGUGUUGGAACUCUUUUAUGAAUGCAGGUGUGGCGAUCAUUUUUCCAUUGAUUCAAUUGAACUCGGAGAGAUGGGCUAUUCAUUGGGUAGGGAUGAGAGUAAGAUAUUUAUACACAGACCUGACUCCAGACCCGCCACUGUUAUACUUCCUUGUGGGUCGUGCUCUCUUAAAAUUCGUCUUACAAUCUCCAUCAGUUCAUAGUCAUUUCUUAUUCAUGUAACAUAUCCAGUAUACAUGUCAAUAAUGCAGUAAAACAUCCCCUUUGAAUGUUAUUGCCCUUAUUAUCCUUUUCUUUUUCUUCCUUGAUGUCUAUAUAUUCUGUGAUGUACUUCUCUGCUCU